CUUCACAGAGGUGAAAUGUACGUGUGACAGUUAUAUUUUACAAACAAAACACUGUUUGCCUUUUCUAUGAUGGUUGUAACGGUUAAAUUUGCGUUGUAGACUUGAAACUAGUUAGGGAAUGAAGAAAAUGUCAUGCAUGGUACGUUAUUCAUGUGAAGAGAAUGUUAGGGUGAUUUCUGUUCGGCUAUACCGAUGUAUUCAGCUAGCUGAAUAAUUUUCCAAUCUUCUGAUCGACAGUCAGUGGUAGUAGCUACCUUUCUCAAGUGGUUAGCGCGACAACUGUUGUGGCAAUGACUUCGAGAGGUAGAGGAACCCAAAAGUCAAACAUAGUUGGUGCAAAAAUAACUCCACGCAAUGUUAUAUCUAGUUAUAAAGUCGGAUACACCUGGAACCGAGGUGGAAGACUCAAGGAGUUGAGAAUAAGGUGAGAAGUAGCCCCUCAAAUAAACAAGUUGGCCAGAUGUAAUUAUUCAAUCGACCAUGACUAGAACUCGAAGGCUACAGUCUGUGUUGUCUUUUGUUUAAUCACAGCACUAACACACCUGAUUAUACUAUACUGAAGAAAAAUAUAAACGCAACAUGUAAAGUGUUGGUCCCAUGUUUCAUGAGCUGAAAUAAAAGAUCCCAGAAAUGUUUCAUACGCACAAAAAGCUUAUUAAUCAAAUAUGUUGUGCCCAAAUUUGUUUACGUCCCUGUUAGUGAACAUUGUUUCUUUGCCAAGAUAAUCCUAACGUGUGGCAUAUCAAGAAGCUGAUUAAACAGCAUGAUCAUUACACAGGUGCACCUUGUGCUGGAGACAAUAAAAGGCCAAAUGUGCAGUUUUGUCACACAACACAAUUGGCAUGCUGACUGCAGGAAUGUCCACCAGAGCUGUUGCCAGAGAAUUUAAUGUUAAUUUCUCAGCCAUAAGCCGCCUCUAACGUCGUUUUAGAGAAUUUGGCAGUACGUCCAACAGGCCUCACAACCGCAGACCACGUGUAACCACGCCAGCCCAGGACCUCCACAUCCGGUGUCUUCACCUGCGGGAUCGUCUGAGACCAGCCACCCGGACAGCUGAUGAACUGAGGAGUAUUUCUGUCUGACUGGGCCUGGCUUCCCAGUGGAUGGGCCUGGUGCCCAAGUGGGUGAGCCCACCGUUGGGCGGGCCCACCCCACCCAUGGUUGGGCAGGCCCACACAUGGUUGCGCCCCUGCCCAAUAAUAUGAAAUCCAUAGAUUAGGGCCUAAUGAAUUGAUUUAAAUUGACUGAUUUCCUUAUAUGAACUGUAACUCACUAAAAUCGUUGAAAUUGUUGCACGUUAAGUUUAUAUUUUUGUGAAGUAUAUUUAAGGUAUGUUUAGUGCUGGGCUGGAAUGAAAGCCUGCACACAACGCCCCUCCAUGACUCGAGUUGUCCAUCCCUGAUAUCAAACUCUGUCUUCCAGGCACCUUGCACGGAAGUUCCUCAAACUAUGGAUGCAGAAGACCUUUGGACGUGUUCAUCCUUACAAAGCCAGGUGCACUUUCUCAGUCUUGUGGCGGAAUAGCCAGAUCACAUCACUGCUUGAAUUUAUAAUCGAUUACAAUGUCAAAUAGUGGGAAAAUAACAUUGGUAAAGCUCUUGAUGCAAUGCAGUGCUUGACUUGGACUGAAAUAGGUGCCAGUACUCAUUUUGGGUGGCGGUACUGUUUGCAUUUAGGUGCAGGAGCUCCUAAAUACUUUUUAGCAGGAGCUUAACCAGUAGAACAUUUGAGGUGCCAGUACUCCGCGCCGGUGAGCUCCUGCCCAAGUCAAGCACUGAUGCUGUGAAUAUAUCCACUGUGUGUAGCCUGAGUUCUCUAACUGGAAGACUGUUACCUUCUCCAAUCUCUAGGUCUCACCAUCGCAGAGUGGUGCUACAGCGAGCUCAGGGGGGCUGGAAGGAUGAGUGGUGGACAGCCAGGAGGGAGUGGAGCCUCACAGUGAGGGCAGAGUGCCAUUACAGGUCAGUGUCUAGCUCUAACCUCUGCUGCUCAGUUGUGGGGUGACCAUACAUACCCAUCAGUACUUACGGACAAAGUCUGUUGGUUGAAAUGACGUUAUUACAACCUUGAGAUCUGGUUGUAAUGACGUCAUUGCAACCAGCUAUGCCUGCUGGGUUAUACAGUGCCUUCAAAAGUAUUCAUACCCCUUGACUUAUUCCACAUUUUGUUGUGUUACAGACUGAAUAAAAUAAAACAGUUCUCACCCAUCUACACACAAUACCCCAUAUUAGAAUUUUUAGCAAAUUUAUUGAAAAUGAAAUACUCUACUCAUUUACAUAAAUAUUCACACCCCCGAGUCAAUACUUUGUAGAAGCAUCUUUGGCGGCAAUUACAGCUUUGAGUCGUCUUGGGUAUAUCUUUAUCAGCUUUGCACAUCUGGAUUUGGGGAUUUUCUCCCAUUCUUCCUUGCAGAUUCUCAAGCUCUGUUAAGGUAGAUGGAGAGGGUCGGUGAACCGCAAUCUUCAUGUCUUUCCACAGAUUUUCAACGCAAUUCAAGUCUGGGCUUUGGCUGGGCCACUCAAGGACUUUCACAUUCUUGUUCUGAAGCCAUUCCAGCGUUGCUUAGGGUCAUUGUCCUUAUAGAAUGUAAAUCUUCGCCCCAGUCUAAGGUCAAUUUUACUCUUUAGCAGGUUCUCAUCAAGGAUUUGCCUGUAUUUGGCAUUCAUUGUUCCCUCUAUCCUUACCAGUCUCCCAGUCCCUGCCACUGAAAACACAUCCCCAUAGCAUGAUGCUGCCACCACCAUGCUUCACGGUAGGAAUGGUGUUAGACGGGUGAUGGCCUGUGCCUGGUUUUCUCCAGACAUAGCGUUUUGCAUCCAGGCCAAAGAGUUCAAUUUUUGUCUCAUCAGGCCACAGAAUCUUUAGCCUUAUGAUCUCAGAGUCUUUCAUGUGCCUUUUUGCAAACCCCAGGUGUGCAGCCCUUCCCUUUUUCUCAGGAGUGGCUUCCGUCUGGCCACGCUCACAUAAAGCCCAGAUUGGUGAAGUGCUGUAGAGACUGUUGUCCUUCUGAAAGGUUCUCCCAUCUCAGCCAAGGAACUCUGUAGUUCUGUCAGUGGUCAUUGGGUUCUUGGUCACCUCCCUGACCAAGGUCCUUCUUGCCCGGUUGCUCAUUUUGGUCGGACGGCCAGCUCUAGGCAAAGUCUGGGUAGUUCUUUUUUUUUUUCAAUUUCCCAAAGAUGGAGACCACUGUGCACUUGGAAACUUUCAACAAUCAAAAUGUUUUAUACCCUUCCCCAGAUAUGCCUCAUCACAAUUCUAUCUAGGAGAUCUACGGACAGUUACUUGGACUUCAUGGUAUAGUUUCUGCUCUGACAUGCACUGUCAACUGUGGUACCUUUUUAUAUAGACACUUGUGUUUCUUUCUAAAUCAUGUCCAAACAAUUGAAUUGGCCACAGGUUGACUCCAUCACCCAUAUACAGUGGGGGAAAAAAGUAUUUAGUCAGCCACCAAUUGUGCAAGUUCUCCCACUUAAAAAGAUGAGGCCUGUAAUUUUCAUCAUAGGUACACGUCAAGUAUGACAGACAAAUUGAGAAAAAUCACAUUGUAGGAUUUUUAAUGAAUUUAUUUGCAAAUUAUGGUGGAAAAUAAGUAUUUGGUCACCUACAAACAAGCAAGAUUUCUGGCUCUCACAGACCUGUAACUUCUUCUUUAAGAGGCUCCUCUGUCCUCCACUCGUUACCUGUAUUAAUGGCACCUGUUUGAACUUGUUAUCAGUAUAAAAGACACCUGUCCACAACCUCUAACAGUCACACUCCAAACUCCACUAUGGCCAAGACCAAAGAGCUGUCAAAGGACACCAGAAACAAAAUUGUAGACCUGCACCAGGCUGGGAAGACUGAAUCUGCAAUAGGUAAGCAGCUUGGUUUGAAGAAAUCAACUGUGGGAGCAAUUAUUAGGAAAUGGAAGACAUACAAGACCACUGAUAAUCUCCCUCGAUCUGGGGCUCCACGCAAGAUCUCACCCCGUGGGGUCAAAAUGAUCACAAGAACGGUGAGCAAAAAUCCCAGAACCACACGGGGGGAACUAGUGAAUGACCUGCAGAGAGCUGGGACCAAAGUGAGCUGGGACCAAAGUAACAAAGCCUACCAUCAGUAACACACUAUGCCGCCAGGGACUCAAAUCCUGCAGUGACAGACGUGUCCCCCUGCUUAAGCCAGUACAUGUCCAGGCCCAUCUGAAGUUUGCUAGAGUGCAUUUGGAUGAUCCAGAAGAGGAUUGGGAGAAUGUCAUAUGGUCAGAUGAAACCAAAAUAUAACUUUUUGGUAAAAACUCAACUCGUCGUGUUUGGAGGACAAAGAAUGCUGAGUUGCAUCCAAAGAACACCAUACCUACUGUGAAGCAUGGGGGUGGAAACAUCAUGCUUUGGGGCUGUUUUUCUGCAAAGGGACCAGGACGACUGAUCCGUGUAAAGGAAAGAAUGAAUGGGGCCAUGUAUCGUGAGAUUUUGAGUGAAAACCUCCUUCCAUCAGCAAGGGCAUUGAAGAUGAAACGUGGCUGGGUCUUUCAGCACACCGCCCGGGCAACGAAGGACUGGCUUCGUAAGAAGCAUUUCAAGGUCCUGGAGUGGCCUAGCCAGUCUCCAGAUCUCAACCCCAUAGAAAAUCUUUGGAGGGAGUUGAAAGUCCGUGUUGCCCAGCGACAGCCCCAAAACAUCACUGCUCUAGAGGAGAUCUGCAUGGAGGAAUGGGCCAAAAUACCAGCAACCGUGUGUGAAAACCUUGUGAAGACUUACAGAAAACGUUUGACCUGUGUCAUUGCCAACAAAGGGUAUACAGUGGGGAAAAAAAGUAUUUAGUCAGCCACCAAUUGUGCAAGUUCUCCCACUUAAAAAGAUGAGAGAGGCCUGUAAUUUUCAUCAUAGGUACACGUCAACUAUGACAGACAAAAUGUUUUUAAAAAAUCCAGAAAAUCACAUUGUAGGAUUUUUAAUGAAUUUAUUUGCAAAUUAUGGUGGAAAAUAAGUAUUUGGUCACCUACAAACAAGCAAGAUUUCUGGCUCUCACAGACCUGUAACUUCUUCUUUAAGAGGCUCCUCUGUCCUCCACUCGUUACCUGUAUUAAUGGCACCUGUUUGAACUUGUUAUCAGUAUAAAAUACACCUGUCCACAACCUCAAACAGUCACACUCCAAACUCCACUAUGGCCAAGACCAAAGAGCUGUCAAAGGACACCAGAAACUAAAUUGUAGACCUGCACCAGGCUGGGAAGACUGAAUCUGCAAUAGGUAAGCAGCUUGGUUUGAAGAAAUCAACUGUGGGAGCAAUUAUUUGGAAAUGGAAGACAUACAAGACCACUGAUAAUCUCCCUCGAUCUGGGGCUCCAUGCAAGAUCUCACCCCGUGGGGUCAAAAUGAUCACAAGAACGGUGAGCAAAAAUCCCAGAACCACACGGGGGGACCUAGUGAAUGACCUGCAGAGAGCUGGGACCAAAGUAACAAAGCCUACCAUCAGUAAAACACUACGCCGCCAGGGAAUCAAAUCCUGCAGUGCCAGACGUGUCCCCCUGCUUAAGCCAGUACAUGUCCAGGCCCGUCUGAAGUUUGCUAGAGUGCAUUUGGAUGAUCCAGAAGAGGAUUGGGAGAAUGUCAUAUGGUCAGAUGAAACCAAAAUAGAACUUUUUGGUAAAAACUCAACUCGUCGUGUUUGGAGGACAAAGAAUGCUGAGUUGCAUCCAAAGAACACCAUACCUACUGUGAAGCAUGGGGGUGGAAACAUCAUGCUUUGGGGCUGUUUUUCUGCACAGGGACCAGGACGACUGAUCCGUGUAAAGGAAAGAAUGAAUGGGGCCAUGUAUCGUGAGAUUUUGAGUGAAAACCUCCUUCCAUCAGCAAGGGCAUUGAAGGUGAAACGUGGCUGGGUCUUUCACCAUCACAAUGAUCCCAAACACACCGCCCAGCCAAUGAAGGAGUGGCUUCGUAAGAAGCAUUUCAAGGUCCUGGAGUGGCCUAGCCAGUCUCCAGAUCUCAACCCCAUAGAAAAUCUUUGGAGGGAGUUGAAAGUCCGUGUUGCCCAGCGACAGCCCCAAAACAUCACUGCUCUAGAGGAGAUCUGCAUGGAGGAAUGGGCCAAAAUACCAGCAACAGUGUGUGAAAACCUUGUGAAGACUUACAGAAAACGUUUGACCUGUGUCAUUGCCAACAAAGGGUAUAUAACAAAGUAUUGAGAAACUUUUGUUAUUGACCAAAUACUUAUUUUCCACCAUAAUUUGCAAAUAAAUUCAUAAAAAAUCCUACAAUGUGAUUUUCUGGAUUUUUUUUUCUCAUUUUGUCUGUCAUAGUUGACGUGUACCUAUGAUGAAAAUUACAGGCCUCUCUCAUCUUUUUAAGUGGGAGAACUUGCACAAUUGGUGGCUGACUAAAUACUUUUUUCCCCCACUGUAUAACAAAGUAUUGAGAAACUUUUGUUAUUGACCAAAUACUUAUUUUCCACCAUAAUUUGCAAAUAAAUUCAUUAAAAAUCCUACAAUGUGAUUUUCUAGAUUUUUUUUUUUCCUCAUUUUGUCUGUCAUAGUUGACGUGUACCUAUGAUGAAAAUUACAGGCCUCUCUCAUCUUUUUAAGUGGGAGAACUUGCACAAUUGGUGGCUGACUAAAUACUUUUUCCCUCCACUGUAUCUCAAGGAUGAUCAAAGGAAAUUGGAUGCACCUGAGCUCAAUUUGGAGUGUCAUAGCAAAGGGGUGUGAAUACUUAUGUAAAUGACAUAUUUCUAUAUUUCAUUUUCAAUAAAUUAGCAAAAAUUUCUAUAAACAUGUUUUCACUUUGUCAUUAUGGGGAAUUGUGUGUGUAUAUGGGUGAGAAUUUUUUAAUCCAUUUGAAUUCAGGCUGUAACACAACAACAUGUGGAAUAAGUCAAGGGUAGGGCUGUGGCAGUCAUGUCAUUUUGUCAGCUGGUUAUUGUCAUGCAAAAGACUGCCAGUCUCACGGUAAUUUACCGUUAAUUAACAUAAACACGUUUAGUAUCUCCAGGCCUCCACGCAUACAAGCCGCUGAUGCGUGCCUUUUGAACAUCUACAUUUAGAAAAGUCUAAUAAAUCAAUUUAAUGUACACCAUCACAUAAAUCCAUUAUUUUAGUCAGGUCUAAAGAAACAUGAUAUGAAGAAAAUUUAUUUCAGAAGAACAGAAUAUGAGUAGGUCUACUGUAGGCCUAUGUUAUCUGGCUAUGCUCCAUGCUAUAGGCUGUAGGCUUGUUCAUUUAGCAGACAAGAUAUGCUUAGAAGACCCGUGCCAUUAUGUUAAAUGAUUUUUAUAAUGAGAAGAGUUUAAAAAAGAAAAAGAUGACAUCAAUUACAAAAAUUUAAUUUAAAAAAUGUAAACAGGUGAAAGGAGAAGUGAUUGAAUCUACACAAUCACAUUGGCCCACUUAGCUGAAUAAAAUAGAAAGGAUAUUUUUCCCAUUACGGAGUGAGUGUGCAUAUGAAGUGGCUAUGUUGAGCGUAAAAGGAAUAAUUUGAAACAGGUCCUAUAUGCUAGAUUUAGAGUUAUUUGGCAACUUUAGUUGUGAAUGAUACAAACCUUAGAAUGUCUUCGAAAUCAAAACAUAUAUGGGCUGCAUGGUGUGACUAUAGGCUAUUGAUGAUUUGAGAAAGGAUUUAAAAAAAUGCUUCUGCUCUGUUCCUUGCCUCAGGCUGCACAGCUGUUCUCUCAUCAACUGAUCAUAUUUUCACCCAUCAGACUAUUCUCAAUGUAAUCUUGUCUUUACUCAAAUGUAAAAUUAGUUUAGAUUUAGAAUGUCCCAUUAUCAAAUGGGCAGGGGAAAAAUACAUGUAAUCUGUAUGCACUCGAAUAGCGAAUGGAGGCCACGCGCUUUCCCACCGGUCUGUUUUGUAGGCUACUUCGGUUUUAUAACGGAGCUGUGCUUAAUAUGAGCAGCUGAGAAAUAAAUAAUAGAACACUUAUUUCACUCCACGCACCAACCACUGUUUGAGGAGCAUGCUCUCGCUGCCCGACAGGUGAUAUUCCGCCAAAACUGUAUGCCAUGGGCUCUCCAACCUUGUUCCUGCAGCUACCCAGUGCUUAAUUUGGGAAACCAAGUGAAAUCUGUUUGGGAACAUCGAUAGUAACAUGCAUGCUCGAGAAAGGAAUAAAGGAGAGGAGGAGAUGGAAACACAUGGUGGUGAGAUAUUCUGUAUAGCUAAAAGGUAAUGUGUCACUCAAUUAAUUAUGAAAAUAUAAAAGAAUGCUCUAUUACUAGGCUAUUCAAAUACAAAUUCACUAAUUGUAGGCUAACUGUAAGCCGCCUUGCACAAUCAAUGAACCAACAGCAUCGCCUAGGGCUAUACGUUCUCUCCCAGACUCAUGGACAUAAAUGUUUGGAGGGUAGCAUAAGGUAACAAGUCCAUCCAGUAUGCGUAAUAAUACAAUCCACACUCAAAGGCUAGACCAAUUAUGUACCAAGGACAUCUUAAAUCAGUUUUGUUGGAUGCUUUUCUGCAAUGUGUAAUAUGCGGUAGACUAUGGUCGUGGUCAAAAGUUUUGAGAAUGAUACAAAUAUAAGUUUUUAUGAUGGCAAUUUGCAUAUACUCCAGAAUGUUAUGAAGAGUGAUCAGAUGAAUUGCAAUUAAUUGCAAAGUCCCUCUUUGCCAUGAAAAUGAACUUAAUCCCCCCAAAAACAUUUCCACUGCACCUCUGUAGCUCAAUUGGUAGAGCAUGGCGUUUGUAAUGCCAGGGUAGUGGGUUCGAUCCCCGGGACCACCCAUACGUAAAAAUGUAUGCACACAUGACUGUAAGUCGCUUUGGAUAAAAGCGUCUGCUAAAUGGCAUAUUAUUAUUAUUAUUAUUUCAGCCCUGCCACAAAAGGACCAGCUGACAUCAUGUCAGUGAUUCUCUCGUUAACACAGGUGAGAGUGUUGACGAGGACAAGACUGGAGAUCACUCUGUCAUGCUGAUUGAGUUAGAAUUUAAAAGGAGGGUGGUGCUUGAAAUCAUUGUUCUUCCUCUGUUAACCAUGGUUACCUGCAAGGAAACACGUGCCGUCAUCAUUGCUUUGCACAAAAAGGGCUUCACAGGCAAGGAUAUUGCUGCUAGUAAGAUUGCACCUAAAUCAACCAUUUAUUAGAUCACCAAGAACUUCAAGGAGAGCGGUUCAAUUGUUGUGAAGAAGGCUUCAGGGCGCCCAAGAAAGUCCAGCAAGCGCCAGGACCGUCUCCUAAAGUUGAUUCAUCUGCGAGAUCGGGGCACCACCAGUACAGAGCUUGCUCAGGAAUGGCAGCAGGCAGGUGUGAGUGCAUCUGCACGCACAGUGAGGCGAAGACUUUUGGAGGAUGGCCUGGUGUCAAGAAGGGCAGCGAGGAAGCCACUUCUCUCCAGGAAAAACAUCAGGGACAGACUGAUAUUCUGCAAAAGAUACAGGGAUUAGACUGCUGAGGACCGGGAUAAAGUCAUUUUCUCGGAUGAAUCCCCUUUCCGAUUGUUUGGGGCAUCCGGAAAAAAGCUUGUCCGGAGAAGACAAGGUGAGCGCUACCAUCAGUCCUGUGUCAUGCCAACAGUAAAGCAUCCUGAGACCAUUCAUGUGUGGGGUUGCUGCUCAGCCAAGGGAGUGGGCUCACUCACAAUUUUGCCUAAGAACACAGCCAUGAAUAAAGAAUGGUACCAACACAUCCUCCGAGAGCAACUUCUCCCAACCAUCCAAGAACAGUUUGGUGACUAACAAUGCCUUUCCAGCAUGAUGGAGCACCUUGCCAUAAGGCAAAAGUGAUAACUAAGUGUCCCGGGGAACAAAACAUCAACAUUUUGGGUCCAUUGCCAGGAAACUCCCCAGACCUUAAUCCCAUUGAAAACUUGUGGUCAAUCCUCAAGAGGCGGGUGGACAAAAUCCAAGCAUUGAUUAUGCAAGAAUGGGCUGCCAUCAGUCAGCAUGUGGCCCAGAAGUUAAUUGACAGCAUGCCAGGGCAGAUUGCAGAGGUCUUGAAAAAGAAGGGUCAACACUGCAAAUAUUGACUCUUUGCAUAAACUUAAUGUAAUUGUCAAUAAAAGCCUUUGACACUUAUGGAUGCUUGUAAUUAUACUUCAGUAUACCAUAGUAACAUCUGACAAAAAUAUCUAAAAACACUGAAGCAGCAAACUUUGUGAAGACCAAUACUUGUGUCAUUCUCAACAACAACAAAAAUGUUGGGCUUGGCCUCAUAGGCCUAUGUAUAAGCUCUAUGGGUGUUUUGAAUUAAUCAUUACCUUAGAAAGCGCUGUCCAUUUCGUUGUGUUAUGCUUUGAAACAACAUCCCCACAACCAUGUUUUACACUGUUUCAACCUGCUGUUGAACUUCUUCUUCCAAAGCAUGUCCAGAGUGCAUAAAAGGAGCUUACCUUGACUCAAUGGUCACGUGUGGCAGUAAUAUGGUCACCGCAACCGCCCUAGUCAAAGGGUAUGAAUACUUUCCGAAGGCACUGUAUGUCAGCCAGCAAUAGUUUGGCCAAUGUGGAAGCUGAUGAUGCUGUCUUUCCUGUGUUGUAGGUAUUACCUGUAUAACCAGGUGUUUCAUGGCUGGCAGAGGUUUGUGUCUUUGCAGAAGGAGGAGAAGAGGAGACUCCAAAAAGCAAUAUGUUUUGGUAUGGACUGGCUUGUGUGGUUUUGGUACUGAUCUAGGUGAAUGUCUCCAUCCUGACAAUGAUGGACCCCAGCAGUAGUGGCUGGCAGGUCAUGUUAUGAGUCACAGCAGUAAUUAGAGUUUAUCCUGUAUGCCAGCUGAGAGGCGGUGUCAGCGUGUGGCCUGGGACAGCUUGGGAAGUGUACAUAGAGAUGAGGAGGAUGAAACACAGGAUGCAAGAAUCUGCUCUUCAGUUCCGGAAACUCACAGCUCUACGGUGAGGCAUUAUGAGUGAAUCAGGAACAAUACACUGACUAAGUCACUGGGAGGUUAGUGAACUAACGGCAUACACAGUCAUUGCAUGAGUGAUUUAUAUGUGUGUUUGACAAUUUGAUUAAUUGUAAGUGAAAGGGGAGGGGGCAGCCUGUGUUAAUGCUGAUGUAUGUUUCCGCCAAUACAGUUGGAUGUGGACUGUGUGGCAGAGUGCGCUGCAGAGGAGAUAUGAUUCCUGUGCUAUGGAGGACCAAGCACUGCAGCACUGGGCUCUGAUGCUACAGGGCAGAGUGAGUAGAGCAGAUCUUAUACAUCCCACACAUAUCUGUACUAUUCCCUAGGUGUUGGUUAAUUAAAAUGUUCAAUUUUAUGUGAUUAACCUCUAAGCCAGGGGUGGGGGAGUUGUACUAAGCUAACAUAUGGAAUUGUUUUAAGAUGGUCAUACCAUGGAUCAUUUAGCUAUUUUAUUUUGAAUUUUAAGACCCCUUUAGGUAUCAAAAAAAUAUGUUAAAUUAUUUGAUAAAAUAUCAAAUUUGGCCUUUACUACUAUAGCCCAUAGAAACGCAUUGAAUAACACAUUCAUAAAUGGCAAAGACAGUCAAAAAAUAAAUAAUAAGAAGUGUCUGUCCUAUAAGAAAGCUCAGGAAAUAUUUGAGUUUUUUUGGACACAUAUUUAACCCUUUAUUUUUGUUGGCACAAAACUACCUCCAUACUUCCAUUCAUUUGUAUGGGUUACCUUCAGAUGAGUCACGUGACACUUGUGGGGGUCGUAGAGCAAAAUGGAGAACACCAUCGUGAGAGUCUCCCCUUUCCAUAGAGUGGUCAUAAUAGUUUCUAGGCCCAACUAUUUUCGUGAGAAGACCGAUUUUCAGGAUGUCUCAUGGUCUGACAAACACAGCUGUAGCUCGGGCCCCUUCCAACAGAGGCGGAUAAGGUGAAUUGCGAUGCAAAAAACCUGAUAUCUCUAGUUUAAACUGACGGAUUUUGAUGGGGGUUUAAAAAAAUUUAAUUACUUAGAUUGACGCAUGGGUGUGUCAAUAGACUCUUAAGGAUUUGAACAUGUAUGUUUGUGUUGUGUCUUAGGCAUGGCUUCAGUGGAGAGAAGUGUACAUGCUCGCCUGUAGUUGGAGAGAGAGGGAGUCCAAGGCUUCACGGCACUACAUUCAUGCGCGGAAAAGAAAGGCGCUUUGUGGCUGGAUCAGCUAUGUUCACCUCCGCCAAACUAAGAGGAAACCACAAGGUCCCAUCUUCUGUUAAUCUGUUUAUCAUGUGUACUGUUGGUCUUCUGUCACAAUCAUUGGAGGACAUUGGUCUAGGAUUAAACACUUUUUCAGAAACAUACUGUAUAUUGACAAAUUUAGACCAUUUUAGAUGGUCUCAAAAACGAACAACAAACUCUCAAACCCUGCCAGUGGUCCUCUAGAACUUACAGUGAAAAACACUACUAACAUUCCCGAGUGGCGCAGCGGUCUAAGGCACUGCAUCUCAGUGCUUGAGGCGUCACUACAGACCCCCUGGUUCGAUUCCAGGCUGAAUCACAACCGGCCGUGAUUGGGAGUCCCAUAGGGCAGCGAACAAUUGGCCCAGCGUUGUCCGGGUUUGGCCGGUGUAGGCCGUCAUUGUAAAUAAGAAUUUGUUCUUAACUGACUUGCCUAGUUAAAUAAAGGUUAAAUAAAAAUAAAUACAAAAUACAAAAUUACACCUGCUUCUGUUGUCAUUAUCCUUCGUAUAUAUUUGUUUACCUCCUGUGUUUCAGAUGUUGCAGUGCGAGCCUGGCAACUCCAGUUGGUCAGGAGGUAUUGGUUUGUGUGGAGAAGUGGACUACAGAGCAGACAGAGAGAGGUGGACAGAGGGCAGGCUUCUUAUAGACUGGCACAACGCAGCACACAGCGCAGGGCACUGGAGCGCUGGAGACACUGUAUCCUACUACACACACACUCAUUGUAAAACACCAGAGCCUGGUGUGGAGUCACACACUACUGCAAGAACAGCAUAAGACAAUCCUCAACUUUUCUCAUACACUGCAACAUCAUACUUUUCUGAAUUUAUUUGAACAUUUCCUGAGCUCCUGUUCAGACAUGAGGAUGUGCAUGCAGGAGUCUGAAAGAGACCAGACUGCAAGUCAACACCAACACUGCCAUCUACUGGUAAGAUGGAGGAGCACUGAUCUGAUGAAUGUUUUAUGGACAGCCAUAGAGACAGGUUACUGUACCAUAGAGCAGUGUUUCCCAACCCUGGUCCUCCAGUACUGUUGGGGGUACUUGAGAACUGGAGUUGGGAACCACUGCCAUAGAGUAUUCCUUAAUUCUCUCACUCCAACUUGUUCUGUCUACUACAGCACACUGGAUUAAGAAGUCUGACCCUCAAUGUCACUCGGAGCAAAACUUAUCGACUCAACAAGAACAUCGCUGUCCAGCAUCAUCAUCACAUUGUAACUGUUAUUAUACUGUAGCUAAUAUCCAUGAAGUCACACAGUAUUAGUAUCGUUACAAAUGUUCUAACAGUACAGAGUAAGUAUGACACCCAAUUAGUGUUUUUCAAACAUCAUUUUUGUGUGUGUUUUCUGUAGAUUACAUGCAGAUAUUGGAGACUCUGGCAGCAACGUCUUGAGGAAGCUGAAGAUCAGGGACUUCAGCCACAGAUGCAGAUUGCACUGACCCACCACAGGUACACAUACAAACACACAGUUAUGAAUUGAUGAUACACUUUCUCUCAUAAGUAAUGUUUUUCUGAUCUCAUUAAUGCCAUCUUUUGACAGCACUGCACUGCAGAGCAAUUGCUUGCGCCACUGGAGAGAGCAGCUUGUUGAGCACAGACACAUGCAGGUACACACACGCGUACACACACGUACACACACACACACAGACACACACACUCUUACAUUCCACUCAUUGGCAUUGUGUGGACUGUGUGUGGUUGUAGAUGCUGGAGCGUCGUGCUGAGGCCUGGUUUGCUGACCACAUCUUGCCACAGUGUCUUGACUCAUGGGUUGAGUUUACCUGCCAGAGGAGACAGCACAGGGAGAGGACAGAGACUGCACAACUCCAUAAUCAGUGAGUCCCAUCCUGUUUCUGACCUAGUCAUGAUCUAAAAUCAGAUGUCACUUGUCUGAUCCUAGAUCAGCGCUACGACUAUAAGAUGCUUUGGGGGCCGAUUCAGACUUUUUUACGCAUUUUGAUUUAAGCACUUCUAAGUAUUUAGUAUUCAGACUUAUGCGCAUGUGUAACGAGGUUUGUGGGUGUUGCUCUCUUGCACGCAUUGAAUAUAUUUAAAUAAAUCCUAGAAAACACCCACUGGGUGCGUACCAAUUUGAUCAGGGAGUGUUUCUUCAAUUGGUUUUUCAGUUAAUUUCUCUAAAGCAAUCCCUUUAAAUACUGGUACCUUUUAAUUUGAAUCUGAUUGGCACAACAUUAGAAUGUAGCCUAUGGAGAAUACCUUCAGAAUGGAGAUAAAUGAAAAAUAGUCAUCAAAACAUAUGCAUAUUUAUCUCAGUUUUAGAACACAAUAUGUAUUAUUAAGGACGUUUUUAUGAACCCUAGGCUACUUAAUGGAAAAAUAGGGUUUGGAGAGCCUUCAGGCACGAAAAAAAAAAACGGUGGAUUCAUUCUGAAAAUUGCCACAUUCAGUUCUUCAACCCAUGGUAAUGUUGGAAGAUGAAUUAUAAUAGGGAGAAUAGUGUACAAUAAUAGUAUACACUGGCCUAUUGCCUGCACUGACAUGGAACUGUGUGAUGACACGGCCAAGGAUUGUGCCUUGCGUCAGGUUCAAACUGUUACGUCUUGGACUGCGCUCAUAAUGAUUUAAUUAGCCAACCUUUUUUUACUUUAAAUAUGAUAAACUAUUACUAGUGAUCUUCAGCAACAACCACACGGACGUGACAGCAUUUACAGAGGAAGCAAAUAAAGGUAAAUUAAACAAUGUAAUGAAAUGCAAUGAUACGAACCGUACCAACUGAAGGGAACUAACAGUUGAAUAUGUGUGGUUAUUACUGACGGUCGAUACUGAUAGUGGGUAAUAUUUAACAUGAUAGAAAUAGUAGGAAACAGAAAGUUGGGGCAUAUAAUUAAAACAUUAGAGAGUGCCCAAAGGUCAAAUUUUGCGCGGCUGUCAUUACGCAAUGCUUAGGCCAUACAAUUACAAUUAUGCAUAAGGUCACAGCAUUUUAUACUUCACUGUGGGAAAGGGGCGGAAAUGCCUGUCAUGUUGAUAUGCUUUUCAGUUUGCGUCCAUGACUGGUUUCACAUUAGUCUCCAGCGAUCAGAAGGAAAAAUCAUCUAAAACAAUUGCUAUUUGUAUGUACAAUCCCCUUCCAAACGGAUUACUCAUUUACCUAGCUCUUAUCAAUAGUGAUGAGGGAAAACAUUUAAACAGUUACAUAUCGUGAUAUAUAUACAUUUUUUGGUUGCUCUAGCUAGCGCUAAUCAGCUGUACCAGCUCCAAAACUCCGGUAUUUUCCAUCCUAUAGCUUGUUGUCCAUCUUCUUUUAAAAUAUUGAGCCAGCAUGUUUUCAGCACUUUUUUAUUUCCAUGACUGAUCAAAACUCCUUUUUUUAUGCUCUCUCUUGUGCCUCUGCAGCAAACAUACAGAGCAAUAUGUUUGGAGCAUGAACUUGCAAUAAAAUUGCAGUAUCAAAUCACAAUACAUAUAGAAUUGUGAGAAUAGGCAUACAUAUUCUAUGGGCACCUAAGUAUUGUGAUAAUAUCAUAUUGUGAGGUUCCUGGCAAUUCCCAGCCCUACUUAUCAAUAGCUCUUAUUAAUUAAUAAAUUACAGUGCAUGGAGAAUGCUGUUAUUUCUAUCUGAAAAAGGAAAGUAGGCCUAGAUGUUUUUCCACUUGGAACCGAAAGGUUCGCUAGACCUAGGGCUGUUGCGGUGACCGUAUUACUGCCACACAGGCAGUCAGGAGUCAUGACUGCAGUAAAAUUCCACGUGACUGUUGACAUCAAUGCAAAUGCAAUUGAAAAUCACAUAAAACACUUAUCAUCAAAACAGUAUACUAUAGUACUUUUAAAACUCACCUCACUGUGAUGAUCAAUUUGAAGAAAGAAGUUCAACAGCAGGUUUAAACUGUGUAAAACCUGGUUGUUGUGGAUGUUGUUUCAAAGCCUAACAAAACGAAAUGGACAGCGUUUUCUAAGGUGACGAUUAAUUCAAAACUCCAUACGCAUAUUAGAGCUUAUGAGGCCAAGCCUUUAUAUUUUCAUAAUUAAUUGGGUGACACAUGACCUUUUAGCUAUACAGAAUAUCUUACCACCAUGUGUUUACAUCUCCUCCUCUCUCUCCUUUAUUCCUUUCUCGAGCAUGCAGACGGGCUGUCAACAGUUUAGUGAAAUAUGUUUUGUUGCGAAAACAACAUGUUACUAUCGAUGUUCCCAAACAGAUUUAACUUGGUUUCCCAAAUUAAGCACUGGGUAGCUGCAGGAACAAGGUUGGAGAGCCCAUGGCAUACAGUUUUGGCGGAAUAUCACCUGUCGGGCAGCGAGAGCAUGCUCCUCAAACAGUGGUUGAUGCAUGGAGUGAAAUAAGUGUUCUUAUAUUUCUCAGCUGCUCAUAUUAAGCACAUGCUCUGCUAUAAAGCCUACAAAACAGACCUGUGUGAAAGCGCACGGCCUCCAUUCGCUAUUCGAGUGCAUACAUAUUACAUGUAUUUUUGCCCCUGCCCAUUUGAUAAUGGCCAUUCUAAAUCUAAACUAAUUUUAUUUAUUUGUAAAGAUUAAAUUGAGAAUAGUCUGAUGGGUGAAAAUAUGAUCACUUGAUGAGAGAACAGCUGUGCAGCCUGAGGCAAGGAACAGAGCAACACUUUAAAAAAUACAUUCUCAAAUCAUCAAUAUAGUUGCACCAUGCCACCCAUAUAUGUUUUGAUUUCUAAGACAUUCUAAGAUUUGUAUCAUUCACAACUAAAGUUGCCAAAUAACUCUAAAUCUAGCAAAUAGGACCUGUUUCAAAUGAUCACUUUGACGCUCAACAUAGCCAAUUCAUAUGUGCAGUCGCUCCGUAAUGGGAAAAAUAUCAUUUAUAUUUUAUUCAGCUAAAUUCAAUUAUAUUCUUCUUACUAUAAAAUAAUAUAAAACAAAAUAAUGGCACAUGACUUCUAAGCAUAUCGUGUCUGCUAAAUGAACAAGCCUACAGCCUAUAGCAUGGAGCAUAGCCAGAUAACAUAGGCCUACAGUAGACCUACUCAUAUUCUGUUCUUCUGAAAUACAUUUUCUUCAUAUCAUAAUGUUUCUUUAGACCUGACUAAAAUAAAUAAUGGAUUUAUUGUGAUGGUGUAUAUUACAUUGAUUUAGUAGACUUUUCUAAAUGUAUAUGUUCCAAAGGCAUGCAUCAGCGGCUUGUAUGCGUGGAGGCCUGGAGAUACUAAACGUGUUUAUGUUACAGUGAGGAAAAAAAGUAUUUGAUCCCCUGCUGAUUUUGUACGUUUGCCCACUGACAAAGACAUGGCGGCAGGUAGCUUAGUGGGUAAGAGCGUUGUGCCAGUAACCGAAAGGUCGCUGGUUCUAAUCCCCGAGCCGACUAGGUGAAAAAUCUGUCGAUGUGCCCUUAAGCAAGGCACUUAACCCGAAUUGCUCCUGUAAGUCGCUCUGGAUAAGAGCGUCUGCUAAAUGACUAAAAACCACACAAAAAAAUAAACAAAAUUAUAAUAAUAAUAAUAAUUUAAAAAAAAAAAGAUCUGUCUAUUAUUUUAAUGGUAGGUUUAUUUGAACAGUGAGAGACAGAAUAACAACAAAAAAAUCCAGAAAAACGCAUGUCAAAAAUGUUAUACUGUAUUUUCCGCACUAUAAGGCGCACCGGAUUAUAAGGCGCACCUUCAAUGAAUGGCCUAUUUUAGAACUGUUUUCAUAGAUAGGGCGCACCGGAUUAUAAGGCGCAUAGAAUAGAAGAUACUGAAGUCAAACGUUUCCACUAGAUGGAGCUGUGCUAAAGGGAAUGUCAACAAAACAGUCAGAUAAAGUCAAACUUUAUUAAGCGUUCUGACAACUCCGUUCACUCCCAUGGUAACGUUGUUCAAACGUUAAUGUGCAUAUUAACAAUAUCUCCCAGCCUUGCUCACUCUUCUCCCAAACGUGGAGGGGAACUUUUCCCUGAUUCAGUAAACACGUAGUAAAAGAAACAGUCUGAUACCACUAAAUCAAACGUUAGUGCAUAACUCAACAUUGUUCAGUUACGUAUAACACGUAAAACUUUCCCCGUCCACGAAUCCCUCGAAUUCUUCUUCUUCAGUGUCCGAAUUGAACGGAAACUCUGUUUAGUCUUCUUUACUUGGCGCAGGUCAUCUUCUUGCUUCCUCCACUUCCGUACCAUUGAUUCAUUAAUGUUGAAUUCUCUCGCUGCUGCUCUAUUCCCAUAUUCUACUGCGUGACCGACAACCUUGAGCUUGAACUCUGCGUCGUAAGCGUGUCUCUUGAAAGGUGCCAUUUUGGGGUCUUUAUACACACACAAGUGGUGUGGGACUGUGAGUAAGCACAGUACCGGUGUUUACUGACUACGGUAGCCGUAAUGCUGCAAGCGGUGCGGCUUUGUAGUUUACCAGUCGUACUGAAACAUUUCAUUAUUAUUAAAUUGUUUUUAUUGGUUUUUCAUACUGAAACAUUUUGACAGAGCGCCUUGAGCGCCGUGUACAACCAGUAUGGAUCAACCAAUUAACCAAUUGAUCCAUAUAUAAGGCGCUCCGGAUUAUAAGGCGCACUGUCGUUUUUUGAGAAAAUUAAAGGCUUUUAAGUGCGCCUUAUAGUGCGGAAAAUACGGUAAAUUGAUUUGCAUUUUAAUGAGGGAAAUACAUUUUUGACCCCUCUGCAAAACAUGACUUAGUACUUGGUGGCAAAACCCUUGUUGGCAAUCACAGAGGUCAGACGUUUCUUGUAGUUGGCCACCAGGUUUGCACACAUCUCAGGAGGGAUUUUGUCCCACUCCUCUUUGCAGAUCUUCUCCAAGUCAUUAAGGUUUCGAGGCUGACGUUUGGCAACUCAAACCUUCAGCUCCCUCCACAGAUUGUCAAUGGGAUUAAGGUCUGGAGACUGGCUAGGCCACUCCAGGACGUUAAUGUGCUUCUUCUUGAGCCACUCCUUUGUUGCCUUGACCGUGUGCUUUGGGUCAUUGUCAUGCUGGAAUACCCAUCCACGACCCAUUUUCAAUGCCCUGGCUGAGGGAAGGAGGUUCUCACCCAAGAUUUGACGGUACAUGGCCCCGUCCAUCGUCCCCUUUGAUGCGGUGAAGUUGUCCUGUCCCCUUAGCAGAAAAACACCCCCAAAGCAUAAUGUUUCCACCUCCAUGUUUGACGGUGGGGAUGGUGUUCUUGGGGUCACAGGCAGCAUUCCUCCUCCUCCAAACACGGCGAGUUGAGUUGAUGUCAAACAGCUCAAUUUUGGUCUCAUCUGACCACAACACUUUCACCCAGUUCUCCUCUGAAUGAUUCAGAUGUUCAUUGGUACACUUCAGACGGCCCCAUAUAUGUGCUUUCUUCAGCAGGGGGACCUUGCGGCGCUGCAGGAUUUCAGUCCUUCACGGCGUAGUGUGUUACCAAUUGUUUUCUUGGUGACUAUGGUCCCAACUGCCUUGAGAUCAUUGACAAGAUCCUCCCGUGUAGUUCUGGGCUGAUUCCUCACCGUUCUCAUGAUCAUUGCAACUCCAUGAGGUGAGAUCUUGCAUGGAGCCCCAGGCCGAGGGAGAAUGACAGUUAUUUUGUGUUUCUUCCAAUUGUGAAUAAUCGCACCAACUGUUGUCACCUUCUCACCAAGCUGCUUGGCGAUGGACUUGUAGCCCAUUCCAGCCUUGUGUAGGUCUAUAAUCUUGUCCCUGACAUCCUUGGAGAGCUCUUUGGUCUUGGCCAUGGUGGAGAGUUUGUAAUCUGAUUGAUUGAUUGCUUCUGUGGACAGGUGUCUUUUAUACAGGUAACAAGCUGAGAUUGGGAACACUCCUUUUAAGAGUGUGCUCCUAAUCUCAGUUCGUUACCUGUAUAAAAGACACAUGGGAGCCAGAAAUCUUUCUGAUUGAGAGGGGGUUAAAUACUUAUUUCCCUCAUUAAAAUGCAAAUCAAUUUAUAACAUUUUUGACAUGCGUUUUUCUGGAUUUUUUUGUUGUUAUUCUGUCUCUCACUGUUCAAAUAAACCUACCAUUAAAAUUAUAGACUGAUCAUUUCUUUGUCAGUGGGCAAACGUACAGAAUCAGCAGGGGAUCAAAUACUUUUUUCCCUCACUGUAAUUAACGGUCAAUUACCGUGAGACCGGCAGGCUUUUGCAUGACAAUAACCGGCUGAUAAAAUUCUAUGACCGCCACAGCCCUAGCUAGACCUUAUUCAAGGUUUUCUCAUGGUGGAAUUAUGAGGGAAUUAAGUCAAGGUAAGAAUAAGUCGUAGCUGUAGACACACCUCAGCCAUACCUCCAUUUCUGUGAUCUCCAGGUUAGAAUACCUGUAGAGAGAAUUAAGUGUAACUCAGGUCUGAAUUCUCCCCAAUGUGAAUAAGGCCCGGGGGGGUGUGGUAUAUGGCCAAUAUACCACGGCUAAGGGCUGUUCUUAAGCACGACGCAACGCGGAGUGCCUGGACACAGCCCUUAGCCAAGGUAUAUUGGCCAUAUAUCACAAACCCCCGAGGUGUCUUAUUGCUAUUAUAAACUGGUUACCAAUGUAAAUAGAGCAGUAAAAUAAAUGUUUUGUCAUACCCGUGAUAUACUAUGGCUAUCAGCCAAUCAGCAUUCAGGGCUCGAACCACCCAGUUUAUAAUUCUGAACAACAUACAUGUAGCCUUGUGAUGAUGAUGUUUGUGUUAGUGUGUGACCCACUCUAACCCUCUGUAGGCAGCGUCAGUACACCUGGGCCUUCUAUACCUGGUGGGGAUGUUCAGAGGAGAGGAAGGAGCAGAGACUGGCUGAGAGGAUGGUAAAAUACACAGUCACAAUACACGCACGCACGCACACACACACACAUACCACUCAAAGAUAUACAUACAACACACCGUCAUGGUACAGACAUACACCCAGAGAGGGCCCACCUGUCUUGCCCUUUAGGCCUUGCUGCAUGAGGAGAGGUCGUGUUUGAUGAGAGCCUGGGACCACUGGCAGCAGAGGGUGAAGCAAGAACAGGAGGAGAGGGAGAAGCAGAGAGCCUCUGACACACUGUACCACCGUACUCUAGUCCACAACACACUGAGCCAGUGGAAGGACAAUGUCACUGUGAUCCGGGACAGGUACUGUACCACUGACAGUUCUCUGAAAUAUCAGUGAGGAACAGGAUGAUAUCUUAGAAUUUGUAUUGUAUUUUACUUUAAUGACCUGCCACUCACGCUGACAGUUUGGGACCAACCUGUUCAGAAAGAAGUAGACAAGUGUGAGGUUAUUCUUUCUUUAUUUUAUUUUGGGGGGCCCAUCCCCCACCCCCCUCUCCGGACGUCAAAUGUAAUUAUGUUUUACAUUGGUUCUUUUACAGCUAUUUUGUUACAUGUACAUUAUUCAUAUAUUUUACAUACAUGGUACUUUUAUACACAGUAUUACAUGACAUAAGUAUACUUUGAUAUACACAUUAAAAGGUACUCCAACAUAUACGGUAUACAUGAUAUAGGGUGUUUUCAGUCGUAACUAUUACAGAUUAUGAGCUUUCUUAAUGGGAGAUUAUUCUUAACAGGAUUUGAUUGACAAUUGAAGACCCUUUUGAGAUUUUGGUUUAAUCCUUAAUGUAUAUGUGUGUUUGGUUUGUAUAUUUGUGUUUUUUUUUUAUCUUUUAAGGCGAAACCGAGAGGAGCAGGCAGGUCGACAUGGUGAUGUGCGUUGUGUGAGACGCGCCCUGAGUGGCUGGAGUGAGGUACAGCAUCUUGCCAUACAUAGUCUACCAUUAGCCAUGCUGUAAUGUUUGGUUUGUCCAGAGUAAUUAUCCCACAUUGUGUCUGUCUGUUUGUCUGUCUGUCUGUGUGAUGUGUCAGUAUGUCCAGCACAGAAAAGAGAAGAACAGCAGGCUGGAUCAGAUGGACACUUACUAUGAACACAGACUUCUCAAACACACCUUACAGGCCUGGAAGGUACAACAGAGCUCACAUUAACUGUUAUAAAUGACAUGAGUGUACACUUAUAUUGGUAUGCUUUGUAAACUGGCACAGCAACAUUUAAUUUGGUCAUCAUGUGUCUUCUGACCUGCUUGGUGCUCACGGAAUGGGCUCCGCUUUGUUGGUUUGUUUGUGAGGGACCUGUGGGAUGUGCUUUAAUCUCUGCCUAUCCCCCGUAGGAGCAUCACCUCCAAAGACAGCAGGUCUAUGAGCAUGUGGAGGAGCGCUACAGCCGACAUCAGCAACACUUCCUUAGGUAUCAACCCAAAUAGAUUCAGUCUCUAUAUCCACGAUCUCUUACUUGUAAUAUUGAUUUUGCAAUAUUUCUAACUGACACUUGUAUUAUGUCUUCCCAGGAGGAUUCUGCGUGUGUGGAAGGAGAAUGUAGCCCUGUUGGCAGCAGCCCGGAGCAGAGAGAAGAGAGCAGAGAACCACUACCAGCACUGUGUUCAGGUUAAGGUAUUGGAGCUGCUGUAAGACCGAUCUACUGCUUCAUAUGUUACCACAACUGAUUCCAUGGCUACAACUACUGCUCACCCUCAAAUGUGCAUAAUUUAUUUUCCUAAAGGUGCUGUUGGGAUGGAAGAAAGCCACAUCUUGUGCAGUGUCAACCCAUCACCAGCAGAGAGAGGCAGUGAGCAGGGCUCAGACUCACAUGGAUAAAGGUAGCGAAAUACUUAACUAAGUUUGAGUUCUCAUUAAACAUGUGAAGGUGUAACUAUAGCUCCAGUUCUUAGUGAAGCAGAUGGAGACAAAUUGUUCAUUAUUCAAUGCUAUUUUCUCUUAGAUCCUUCUCCCGGCACAUUGAAUAAAGCAUCCAUUGACAUGUGAAGCCUAAUGCCAUAAUUAUUUAUGUCUCUCAGUGCGGCAGGUGGCGACUUUCAGGAGAUGGAGGGAGCGAAGCAGAGAGGUUGUGGAGGACAGUACAGGCAUGGAGAAAGCCAAAAGGCACCACCACCACUCUCUUCUCUGCAGAACAUUCAGAUCAUGGUCUACGUACCAGCAGCAACAGCAGAGCUAUAAGGUAGAUGGAUACUGCAUUUAAUCCUGUGUUUGAGUCUGCAGUGUGCUAUUUGAUACAUUCUGAUCCUAGGUAGGUUUGUGUUAGUAUUGUGUUGUUCAUGUGGUCCUUCUCUAGGUGAUGAAAGGGAGAGGCCACUUACUGCUGAGACAGAAGACAUGCCAGCUCUUCUUUGCAAGCUGGAAAAUUGCGGUGAGCUUAUUUGCUUCCCGAGUGGCACAGUGGUCUAAGGCACUGCAUCGCAGUGCUAGCUGUGCCACUAGAGAUCCUGGUUCGAAUCCAGGCUCUGUCAAGCCGGCCGCGACCGGGAGACCCAUGGGGCGGCGCACAAUUGGCCCAGCGUCGUGGGAGGGAAUGGCCGGCAGGGAUGUAGCUCAGUUGGUAGAGCAUGGCGUUUGCAACGCCAGGGUUGUGGGUUCGAUUCCCACGGGGGGCCAGUAUGAAUAAAAUAAUAAUAAUAAUAAUGUAUGCACUCACUAACUGUAAGUCGCUCUGGAUAAAAGCGUCUGCUAAAUGACUAAAAUGUAAAUGUAAUUGCUGUUUUAACAUGAAUUCCUGUUUUAACAUGCUUAUUUCAAAUAUUAAAGGUCUCCUUGACAAGAUUUGCGUGAACUUUUGUUCAAGUCACUUUUAAAUACAUUGAUGGAAUUGAAAAAUAGUAUUUCCUGAUGUUUCCUUUCUGAAGGAAAGGCCAGAUCAUUAUAUUAUCUAAACUUUCAGUGGUCAGUCUGUAAGCCUCUGAGUGUCUUGGUGAACUCCUGGCUGUUAUCUGACUGUGUGCUUUUCUCCCCUGGUCCUGGCCUGCACAGCUGGAGCACAGAAGGAGAGAGGCUGAGCAGACAGAACUGGCCCUCUGGCAUUGGUCCCUCAGUCUGCAGGCCAAGGUAAUACCUGGACACACGUACUUCACUGGCAGCUGGCCUUCAGUCCCAACUUAAACACAUGAGAUAUUAUCUCUCUCUCUCUGUUUGUCUGUAGUGGAAGAAUUCUCCACUGCUGACCCUUUGGAUGUAUAGCCUGCGUCCCAAUCAUUUUGUGCUGUCUUGCCAAUGACCAUUGGAGUUAGCAAGACAGCACAAUUAGAUCUGUGACCAGGCUAGUGCGAGUAAAGUCCUCAUUGAUGAUAUCCAGGCCACAGCUGGAAUAAAGGAAAUGGAAGUGAAAACAUACAGUAGACUCUAUAGACAUACUGAAUGAGACGUCUGAUCCCCUGGUGUGUUCUGUUCCAGGUGCUGGAGGCCUGGAGGCUGUGGGUCACAGAGCAGCACAGGAAGCAGGAGAGGCUGGCCCAGGCUGCCCAGUUCUAUAGAGACCAGCUGCUGAGGGAAGGAGUGGCCCACGUCCUCACACACGCCGCUCACAUGGGCAGCUUCAGCACCAACAUAGCACUGCACAGCCAGGAACAGGUGUGUGUGUGAGCACAUGCUGUGUUUGAUUAUCUGAUAGUAUGUCUGUCUGCCUGAAUGUCUGUCUGUCUUGUCUCUGUGUGGAACUGUAUCAAGCCCGUCUUGUCUGUGCUGUACAGAGCUUGCGGCGUCUCCAGAGGGUGGUGCUGCGUUGUGCCAUGCAGUGGAAACAGCGGGCACUGUGUGGACCACACAGGGCGAGACCGCCUAGAGUGAUAGCAGUGCCCCCCAAAAGUGUGACCUUCUGUUUACCCAGCCCUGACCCAGAGGGCCGCACCCACAGCAGUACACAGACCCAGAGUGGCAUAGUGGAGCAGAGAGCAGGAGACGACAUCCUCAAUCACCUGUAAGUGGGAACAGUUGCUAUGCAAACAUCAGGCCCUAAACCGUAUGGGAGGGUUUUCCAGAUACCGAUUAAGAGUUCUGGACUAAAAAGCAUGCUCUAUGGAGAAUCCCUAUACAAAUCACUUUUUUAGUCCAGAACAAGGCUUAAUGUGUGUUCGGGAAACUGCCCCUAUGUCUCUAAUCCUUAUGCUCAGUCUUACAGCAACUCUCUCUAACUGUGUGCAGGGUGGCGGUGCGUGCUUCUAGACUGCAGCCACGGCGGCCUAGAGAUCUGCUUGACUCCCCGGUCAAAGAGCUGCUCCCACCUACAGCUCCUCUACAUCAAAAACCCAGUCCUCUUCCAUAUCAAACCAAGGUCCAAGUGACAGCGAACCUUUACCCUGCUGCAGCCUCCCUACCCAUCUCUCCCGUACUGGCACACCCAGCUCCCCAUCUCAGUCUCCCAACAGCCCCACAUCAUGGAUCACUAGGCCAGGACUUACUCCUGCCCCCCUCCUCAUUCAUGGCCACCCACACUCAAUCUAAGGUAACAGUUACUAUAUUCCAAAAAUACAUGUAAAGUCAUUUUGCUGUGUGUGUUUUGAAUGAGAUUUCUUUAUGCAAUAUCUGUUUUUUUUUAGGUGAGGCAGCCUAGUGGCUCAUGGAUAAGUGACUCCUCACUACUGCCCCCAAAUGAGUUCUCCACCGUCCAUCAACAGCCAGAGUAUGAUGGAGAUGUGUUAACUGAGGAGGAGGAGGGUGUGGAUCCCACUUUAGCCUGGACCAGAGAGCUGCUCAACAUCCGCCUGGACAUGCAGCGCUUCCAACAGGACCGCAAGCAACUUCAGUAAGGACUCACAGCUCUGUGAUUAACAUUUCUGAAAGAUCUCAUUUAUACAUUCUGGUGGAUUUAAGUGUGUGUGUGUGUAUAGGGCGUGGCGAAGACUUGAAGAACUGUUGAGAAGCUGGCUGCAGACGAGUGUAAGUGAGGUAGAGACUGAGGAGAGGAACACUAUCCGCGAAGAGCUGGAGCAGGUAAGACUUGAAGGGAAGAUGCUGCGGGCAUUGGUACAGUAUAUGCAAGGGACACAAGGUUUCCACUAGUUACCACAGCCACAAAGUCAAAAUUGGCUGUAUUGUAAAAAUUAUAUUUUUUGUCUUCAUUUAAGGUUAGGCAUAUGGUUAGCAGUGUGGUUAAGUUUAGGUUUUAAAUCAAAUUUUAAGAAGAUACAUUUUAGAAAUAGGCGGGGUUUAUGACUUUGUGGCUGGGGUAUAUGAGGAUUUAUAAACAAAAACAAUUGUCGUUUUACGGGCUGUUCACCAGUCCUUAAAAAAAACAAGAACUAAUCAUUUAAGCAAUAAUUUUUUCAUAUGUUUCCUAUCCACUUAUAAAUUAAUAACUAAAUGGAUGGAUUUGAUUUCAAAUCAAAUUGUAUUUGCCACGUGCCGAAUACAACAGGUGUAGACAUUACAGUGAAAUGCUUACUUACAGGCCCUUAACCAACAAUGCAGUUUUUAAGAAAAUUAUAAUAAUAAAAAGUUAACAAAAAUAUAUAUAUAUAUUUACAUUUUAAAUAAAAAAUAAACAAAAGUGUAAAAAAAAGAAGAAAAAAAAAAGAAGUAAAAAAUAGCAAAUAAUUUAAGAGCAGCAGUAAAAUAACUCUCUAUCCUGUGGAUCCUGGCAGUGUGGAGGAUCAUCACAGGCUUAGCACGCAUUCCUCUGGAGGUAUCAUUUCAUUUGAGCCAUAAAUCUUCAGAUAUGAAAACAAGAACAUUCAAAAGUUACAACAGGUCAAGUGCAUAAUAACCAUGCCAUAUCAUGCAACAAUGUUUCCCAUUAUUUUGUGGUCAUUCCAGAUUAAUUGCAUGCUCUUUGGGUUGUCAUUGACAGCUGGAGGAGCGUAUUGGCAGGCUGUCAGCUGAGCUGGCAGAGCAGAAGCCUGUGAUGAUCCUCCACGCUGCCAGGAUCCACAGGAUAGAGAGUGUUCUCCUCCAGAGCAGCACGGCCACAGGACAGGGACUGGGACAGGCCAUUCUCAGUAGGCCUCCAGAGCACGGGGCUACUGGAGCUACUGCUCAUCACUCCACACUAGAUGACAGGACCAGGGCCGCCCCAGUGCCAUAGGUCAGGAGAAGGAGGAGCACCAUAGACCUAUAUAGAGGAGCACAAGGACUUCUGAUGAGACACUACACCUGUCCAUAUUUUUGACAUGUCAUUCUCCACUGGUUGUUUUUAUAGUAUAAAAUCAUAAGAACAUAAUUAUUCAAAAUAGAGGAAGAUUUAAGGAAAUUCUUCAAUUGCAGCUUUAGAAUGUAUUAUCCUAAUCUUGGUGAAAAUUGGUUGGACAAAGAAAGAAUGGCAUGGCAAGGCAGCUGUGUUUGAUUUAUGUUUGACUUGACUAUGUUGUAAUGGCAUUUUCUUUUUACUGUAUGCUGGGAAUUACAUCAUAUUGUGGCGUUUUUUACAUUAUUUAAUAAAAUAGUGCCUUC